AUGAUGAAAAAGUUGAAACGACGCCUGUCGGCGGCGUUUCGCGGCAAUUCCAACUCCCAGUUAAAUAUUUCGACGGGUCCAAUCAUCUCACAGCCGUACCGGACGUGGAGCCUCUCGGACAGCAUGAGUCAAUUGGCCGACAGACUGGCCGUUGAGGGGAUCAUUGUGGAGGAAGAGAACGGCGUCCUCCGCCAUCCCAUCGGAGAGACGAGACAUCACCGCGCCAAGCCCCGGACGCAUUCGAUGUACUCGUCGCGAAUGUACCACUCCAGCUACUAUGGUGACGAAGUGCAAUUCAAAUUUUCGGGAUCGCGUGCCGAC